AUGGCUGGGAAUCAAGAAAAUUUGAGGGCUUUUAGACCGUUACUGAUAGUUGCUUGGAGCUUUCUGUUGGCUUCAAUAUUUGUUUCUGCAGAAAGAAGUAGCUUAAAGCUGAAAUUUUUAACACAUAAUGCAAACGAGUUUUCACAUUCUGAUUUAGAUGUUUUAACAAAUUAUCAGAAUUUUACAAGGCGAGCCAACAAAUCUGGGUACCAGCAUUUUUGGCCGGAUCUGAAAUUCAACUGGAAAUCUAUUGUUGGUUGCAUAAUUGGCUUUUUCGGAGCAUCUUUCGGAAGUGUUGCUGGCGUUGGUGGUGGUGGGAUAUUUGUUCCCAUGCUUACUCUGAUCAUUGGAUUUGAUUCAAAAUCAUCAGCUGCUGUCUCAAAAUGUAUGAUCAUGGGAGCUACAAUCUCGACUGUUUACUGUAAUCUUAAGCUCAGACAUCCAACUAUUGACGUGCCAAUUAUCGAUUAUGACUUGGCUGUUUUCAUACAACCUAUGCUUAUGCUAGGCAUUAGCAUCGGAGUUGCUUUCAAUGUGAUAUUUGCCGAUUGGAUGAUCACUGUUCUUUUAAUAAUUCUCUUUAUAGCCACAUCAACUAGGGCCUUCUUCAGAGGAGUUGAAGCAUGGAAAAAAGAAACUAUUGUGAAAAAGGAGGCUGCAAACCAAAUGGAGGCAAAUGGAAAUGGUACAGAAGAAGGCCCUCGCAAUGACACGGAAAAUGAGGCCAGCGGCUUGGCAAUACCUGAGGUCAGCUUCCUCGAGAAUGUUCGUUGGAAGGAACUCGGUCUUCUUGUUUUCGUUUGGAUGGCAUUUCUUGCAGUGCAAAUCGUCAAAAACUAUACUGCUACAUGUUCAGCAAUAUACUGGGUAGUGAACUUGCUGCAGAUCCCCAUCUCUCUUUGCGUAUCUGGUUACGAAUCAAUUUGCCUGUACAAGGGAUGGAGAAAAAUUGCAUCUAAGGGAGAUGAAGGCUCCAACUUGAAAGUGCACCAAUUGAUAAUCUAUUCCUUGUUGGGUGUACUGGCUGGUAUUGUAGGGGGUCUACUAGGUAUAGGAGGAGGAGCUAUUAUGGGUCCGCUGUUUUUGGAGUUAGGCGUUCCACCUCAGGUUGCAAGUGCGACAUCCACCUUUUCUAUGAUGUUUUCCUCAUCAAUGUCUGUGGUUGAAUAUUACCUUAUAAAACGGUUUCCAGUUCCAUAUGCUCUUUGCCUGGCCAUUGUUGCCACUAUUGCUGCGUAUAUCGGCCAACGCGUCGUGAUGAAAACGAUUAUUAAGAUGGGACGGGCAUCUAUAAUCGUCUUUAUUCUUGCAUUUAUUAUCUUUGUGAGUGCCAUUGCUCUAGGUGGAGUUGGCAUUUCAAACAUGGUUAAAAAGAUUGAGAGGCAUGAAUACAUGGGAAUUGAGAACUACUGCAAUGGAAUUAUAGUUGAAAGAUGGCCUAAAGAUGGUAUUUAUAUCAUCAUCAGGUCCCAAGAGCAAUUGGAGUGGGAUUGGGCCCUUAAAAGAUCCCCAAAAUUCAAAACUUCUUUUCGCCUCAGACAGCGCCUAGGCGCUGCCUCCAUUGCGCCGGAACAAUUUGGUGGUUGGCGCCUCGUCACCUGGUCAAUGGGUGUCGUGGUACCCCGGGCAUGGCGCUAUUUUGUUGAAAAUCUUCUAGCAUUAGUGGUGUUGAGAUGCCAUAUUACUGGAGUUGCGGCGUUGGUCUUCUACCAUAAUUUUUGUCGAGAUAUGGCGUUGGUUGUCACUCUCGAGAUUAACUUCACCUCUUUUUCUUUUCUUGACCCAUGUAACAAGCUUUCAGUCUAUAAUUCCCCAGCUUUAAAGGCCAAAGGGUAUAGGGUUUUAAGAAACCCCUGCGGACUUACCAACUUGAGUAAAAAAGGUGCCAACGUGAGGCAUAGACUCAACAAGUGCGAUGCUCUUUUUUCUUUGCAAUAA